AUGGAUAUCGACGACGGAUCCAGUAUGCCCGAGUUCAUCGAAACGCUCCAACGACAGAAAGAAAACCUUCGCCGAGCCCAAGCAAAAAGAGGGCAAAAGCCAGAGUUCAUGGCUCCCCGGGCACUCAUCGUUGCCAAGCUCCGGCUCCAGAGUAUGGCGCAGCGACAAAAGCCUUCCAAUGGCCAAUGUUAUUUCAAUACGUCUUUCCUUCCUGCCGCCUACCCGCCCAGCACCGGAUCUCUCGACGAACUCAAGAAAAUGAUAAUCAAGGAUCUUCAUAUGGAGCUGCACCAUGAGGGUGCCUUCUUGGUCGUGAAAUCCAUUACUCCGCCAACCAGGCUGACAGGUAUCUUGACCGCCGUUGAAGACGAAAAUCAAGACGCUGUCACGCUCCAGCUGUACAAUCAAGAGAAGGAAACAGAACGUCCAGUAGAUGAUAUCAUAGGGGAAGGGACGGUCGUUAUGCUCAAGAACCCUUAUCUCAAGACAACAUCGGAUGGUAGCUAUGGGCUCCGUGUAGACCACCUCUCUGACAUCGUACGUCUCGAAAGACAUGACGAGCGCGUCCCAUCAAAAUGGAGAAUCAGCCUCUACGAUGACAGCAAGAACGCAUUGUUUUGGAAAAACCUGGGAAACCAAUUCUUCGGCAACGCCCAAUACAGAGCGGCUAUUGAGAGGUAUACCGAGGCGCUCAAGCACGGUCCAACCGAGGACGAAGAGCGCGUCAUCAAGCUUAAUCGCUCCAUGGCCUUUCUAAAGACUCAGCAAUUUGAAGCUGCGCUUUCUGAUAUUGAGUCCGCACCCGACGGACCCAACUUGGUUGAGAAAGCUCUCGAUCGCAAGGCCCAGGCCCUAUAUGGCCUCGGAAAGUAUCGAGAAUGCUCUCAUGUUCUCAAAGAGAUGAGCCAAAACUUUGCAGGAAACACCUCUUUGCACCAGCGUCUCGCCCGUACCAUAGAGCGCGUCAAGGAGCAAGAGCGCGGCCUGUAUGACUUUGCGAGGAUGCAGCGCGAGGCCUCAAGUCAACGGCCACCACAUCUAGAUUUCGCUACCUAUAUUGGUCCGGUGGAAAUAGGUCUGUCAGGCUCAAAAGGGCGCGGCCUCUUCACAACGAGAGCCGUCAAGGCGGGCGACUUGUUGUUGUGCGAGAAGGCAUUUGCUCAUGCUUUUGUUGAUACCGAAGGUAUCCACAGCCAAGAUCUUACGGUUCUCAUCGACGCUGAGAGAGAUAGGAUCACAGUCGGGGGACAGGCUGAGCUCAUUCGGCUCGUGGCUCAGAAACUGUACCACAAUCCAUCGAUGGCUGCCGCCGUCACUGGGCUACACCAUGGCUCGUACCAGCCUGUCGAUGUAACUGAAGUCGAUGGAAUCCCAAUCGUUGACACGUUUCUCAUCUCCCGUAUCAUUUCACUCAAUUGUUUUGGCUGCCCUCUUACCUCUCUUGAUUCGAAAACAAGAGGUGGCAAUCAGGGAGGAAUUGAUGAAAAGAUCCACCACUCAUGUGGACUUUGGCCAGUGGCUUCGUACAUCAACCACUCCUGCGACAGAAACGUCACUCGCGCCUUUAUCGGUGAUUUCAUGAUCGUUCGCGCAACUCGGGACCUCGAUAGCGGCACCGAGCUCAAAUGGUGGUACUACGAACCAGGGCAGGACGAUAAGAAGGGCGCUCACAACCACUGGGGUUUUCAGUGUGACUGUGCCAUUUGCACAGAUGACCAAGCCACUUCACCUCAGAUGCUAGCUGAGAGAAAACGACUUCAAGGUGCUUUGAAAGCACAGGGAAACUCAGUGAGGGCCGGAAAGAUUGAAUCCAUGCUGGCAAAAAUGAAGCUCACAUACCGCAAGCCAGCCUCAGAGGUACCGCGGUUGGACAUGUAUAACCUCCAAGUUCGUCUUGCGAUCAGAUAUCUGGACGCUAACCAACCCACCAGGGCGGUUGAGCGGGGCUUGGAAGCCCUUGGCUCUCUCGGCUUUGUCAUUGAGGGAGCAACAAUGCCCAAGUGUGGUACUUCAAACGGAACAAUCUUAAUCAAGCAAUGGGGGGUAGAUUGUGACAUUUUCAAAUGCUGGCGGGUUCUCUCAAACGCAUAUAGUAUGCUUGGAGCUUUGGACCUUGCGUCCCAAGCAGAGAACUUUGGCAGGAUCUCUUACAAAGCCUGUAUCGGAGAAGAUGCCUCUUUCAACCGUUAA